UAAAAAUAACUGAAAUCAUUACAGGUGUCAUUACUUAUCGCAUUUCUGCCGUAGAUGCAAUAUCCAUCUGUUGAUCAGUGAACGCGUGUACUACACAACAGCAGCAGCUGUCUGUCUUUGUUUGUGUGGCUAUGAGCGAGACAUGGACGUUAUUGAAAGUAGAAGAUAUGAAAGUGCUGGCUAGCUGUAUGUGCCUCCUGUGUCCUGUGUUAAUCAGUAUAAUAGGGUGAGCGAUUUCGAGGUUGUAGACGUAAAUUGUUAGGUAAGGAAGGGAAGUCAAUCGAUGCGGUUGUGAAGCUACAUUGUGUUAAACAUGCCAAGCUGCUACCUUCCUCGACGAUCUGUGUUAGCCAUAUAGAAUUAGCUUGGAAGAGUUAAGGUUAGUGAAACGAAAACAUCGAAUCAAUCUACGAAUUCUGAGUGUUGGUUCUAACCAAUCACAUAUGCAGGUGUAAAGUGCCUUGUUAGAGUCUUUGGGAUGCUAAGAACCAAUGACUGUCAGUGGCGUAGAAGUAUUCACUCAUUGGGAUCUCCAAUAUAUACUAAGUUUUCGUGUUUUUCCAUGUUUCUUUGGCAAUUUGAGUGGCUGGUGUACUUCUGUGCAUAGUUGAAACUCAGUCUGUCUGUGAGUGACCUCAUUUGUGAUCUUGUUAUUAUUCACAUUGUCCUUUCAAAAUACCACAGAUUACAGAUGCCUUGAUCUUUUCAACUUAUUUCAUUUCUUCUUCAGAGCAUUCGGCUUUCCUCAAAAUAUGGAUGAAAUUAUCCCAAAUUUAUGGCUUGGUCCAAUGCCAUUUUCAGAAAAUAUUCCCACGCUGAAAAAACAUGGAAUAUUAUCAAUUCUCACGUUGGAUAUUUUACCGUUGGAUCCUGUUGUCUUUAAAGAAUUCAAUAGGAAGUAUAUCUAUCUUCGUGAUGAACCUACACAGGACUUGUUAGAUAUACUUGAAGAUGCAUUAAUUUUUAUCGAGCGUAGUAUAAAACAGUCGAGCAUCUUAGUGCAUUGUGCUAUGGGAGUGUCACGUAGUGCAAGUGUUGUCAUCGCUUACAUUAUGCGACAGAAUUGCUUAUCUUAUGAUGAGGCUUAUACAAUUGUCAAUAGAAAACGAAGCGUCUUGUAA